UUAAUUCACUUAUUCUCGCUUAACUAUAGUUAGUUCAGGUAGUACAUUGUAGACAUAAAAAAUACAACCUAAGCUAACCGUUACCCCUUUAGGCCAAAAGACUACUCAUCGAAAAGCUUUUUAUUUUUCUGAAUAAUUUUUUUUUCACUAAUACCGUAGUGAAAAAAAAUUUUAGACUAUAUGGAGAAGUUAGUUGUUGCUUACUUUUUCUUUCUUUUUUAAGGUAUACUUCUAUUAUAGAUACGUAUUCUUCAAGGAGUCGUUUGAGCGAUCAUCACUCAAGUUGUAGUUAAGGGUCAAUUAUCAGGGUAACCUUUUCGAUUCAACUCAAAUCAUCAAUUACCUAGAAAUAGAAAUAGAACUAGAAUUAUACUAAACUAGACUAGACUAAAAUUAAAAUAAUUUGAUUCAAAAUGUGUGGUAUUUUAGGAGUAGUCUUACAUGAUCAACGUCAAAAUGUUGCCAAUGAACUUUUUGAAGGAGCUAUGUUUUUACAACAUAGAGGUCAAGAUGCUGCUGGAAUAGUUACUUGUGGAUCUAAAGGUAGAUUCUAUCAAUGUAAAGGAAAUGGUAUGGCUCGUGAUGUCUUUACUCAACAAAGAAUGGAAAAUUUAGUUGGUAAUAUGGGUAUAACUCAUUUAAGAUAUCCAACUGCUGGUUCUUCUGCUGGUAGUGAAGCUCAACCAUUUUAUGUUAAUUCUCCUUAUGGAAUUUCUUUAAGUCAUAAUGGGAAUUUAGUUAAUAGUAUUGAAUUAAAAGAAUAUUUAGAUGAAGUUGUUCAUAGACAUAUAAAUACUGAUUCUGAUUCUGAAUUAUUAAUUAAUGUCUUUGCUGCUGAACUUGAAAAAUUCAAUAAAUCAAGAGUUAAUAAUUUAGAUUUAUUUAGUGCAUUAACUGGUACUAUGAAUAAAAUCAGAGGUGCUUAUGCUUGUAUUGUUAUGUUAGCUGGGUAUGGUAUCAUUGGGUUUAGAGAUCCAAAUGGUAUAAGACCAUUAUUAUAUGGUGAAAGAGUUAAUAAAGAUGGUACAUCAGAUUAUAUGUUAGCAUCUGAAUCAGUUGUAUUAAAAGCUCAUGGUUUUGAAAAUUUUAGAGAUAUUAAACCUGGUGAAGCUGUUAUUAUUAAAAAAGAUAGUAGUAAAAGUAAACCAGAAUUCCGUCAAGUUGUUGAACCAAAGAUUUUUGCUCCUGAUAUUUUUGAAUAUGUUUAUUUUGCUAGACCAGAUUCUGUUAUGGAUGGUGUUUCAGUAUAUAGAUCUCGUAUUGAAAUGGGGAUUAAAUUAGCUGAAAAGAUUUCUAAAAUAAUGGAAAAAGAUCCUGAUUUUAAAAUCGAUGUUGUCAUUGCUGUUCCUGAUACUUCUCGUACAUCUGCUUUCCAAUGUGCAGUUUCAUUAAAUAUUCCAUAUCGUGAAGGAUUUGUUAAAAAUAGAUAUAUUGGUCGUACAUUUAUAAUGCCUGAUCAACAACAAAGAAGAUCAUCUGUGAGAAGAAAAUUAAAUGCUAUGGAAUCAGAAUUUAAAGAUCGUAAUGUUUUAUUAGUUGAUGAUUCUAUCGUUAGAGGAACUACUUCAAAAGAAAUUGUUGCAAUGGCUCGUGAAGCUGGAGCUAAAAAAGUUUAUUUUGCAUCAUGUGCUCCACCAAUUAGAUUUAAUCAUAUUUAUGGUAUUGAUUUAGCUGAUACUAAGGCACUUGUUGGUUUUGAAAGAGAUGAAGAAGCUAUUUCUAAAGUUAUCGGGGCUGAUAAAGUUGUAUAUCAAGACUUACAAGAUUUAGUUGAUUGUUGUAAAUCCGAAGAACUUCAACAAUUUGAAGUAGGGGUAUUCACAGGUGAAUAUAUUACAGGGAUUGAAGAUAAUUAUAUUCAAGAAUUAGAGAAAAUUAGAGCUCAAAAUCAAAGAAUAAAAGAUCAACGUUCAAGAGGUUUAAGUAUUGAUGCUUGUAUUGAUGUUGGUGAUAUGGUUGAUGUUAAAGCAGAAGUUGAUAUCAGUAUGUACAAUAGAGGUGAUUAUGCUUAAAGCCCAACUAUUCAUUAAAUUCAUUUACCUUUUAGUCAUUUCCUUAGAUUAUGUAUAUUAUGAAAAGUAAUAUUUAAUAAAUUAUUAAUAUUUAUAGUAGAGAUUAUUUAAUGUUUGUAGU